UUCAUAUUUCAUCCAGAGGAGCGCAUGGAUCCGGGCUCAGGCACACUGCCCGCCGCUGUCCUGGAUGCUGCACAGACAGGAGAGACAGGAGGCUCGAACUGCUGCAUCCUCACUUUGAAGAUAUCGCACAUAACAGUAAUAUCUGCGACGUUGACAGUGUGAACCAAGCAGCCAGAGGAGCAGCACAGGAGCUGUUGUUUCGCGUACAGUACCGGUGUAGACAGAGGAGAUGGAGCGGUGGAAAGGCAGAGUGGCCCUGGUGACCGGAGCCUCGGUGGGCAUCGGAGCGGCGGUGGCCCGGGCACUGGUCCAGCAAGGCAUGAGGGUGGUCGGCUGUGCCAGGAAUGUCGACAAAAUAGAGAAGCUGGCAGCAGAAUGUCAGAGCGCAGGCUACAGUGGCACGCUGAUCCCUUACAAGUGUGACCUGUCCAACGAGGAGGAGAUCCUGUCCAUGUUUUCAGCGAUCAAGACGCUACACAAGGGCGUGGACGUGUGCAUCAAUAAUGCCGGACUGGCCCACAACGAGCCGCUUCUCAGCGGAAAGACGGAGGGCUGGAGGAACAUGAUCGACGUGAAUGUCUUAGCUCUGUCUAUCUGCACCCGUGAGGCUUACAAAUCAAUGAAGGAGAGGAAUGUGGACGAUGGCCACAUCAUCAAUAUUAACAGUAUGGGUGGGCAUCGGGUGGUGGCGAGUGCCGAUGAGCAUUUCUACUGUGCCACUAAAUACGCUGUGACUGCUUUGACCGAGGGCAUACGGCAAGAGCUCCGAGAAGCAAACACCCACAUCAGGGCCACAUGUAUAUCUCCUGGAAUAGUGGAGACUGAGUUUGCCUUCCGGCAUCACAACAGCGAUCCAGAGAAAGCAGCUGCAGUGUAUGAGAGUAUGAAAUGUUUGAAAGCAGAAGACAUAGCCAGUGCAGUCACAUUUGUCCUCGGUGCCCCUCCUCAUGUCCAGAUUGGAGAUGUGCAGAUGAGGCCAGUGGAUCAGGUGUUAUAGCAUUGACACGGGAGCAGACAGACGGCAGCCAUGGUGACUCCUUAGCGACCUCUGCUGGGCGAGGGUGGGUAGGAUGGGGGGGAUUAACAAAUCUACUACAGCUGUGUUGGAUCUGCAGGGAUGUGGUGGAUGAGGGCCGGAGCCUUAAGGAGGCUGUGCAAGGUAAUGAAGGGGCGUGGACUUUGUUAAAACCACUACAAAAAUACUACUGAAUGCAGCAACCUGGUAUUUGGGAAUCGUUGAGCCCGGUCCUGAGCUGAGCCGACUCCAAACUACAGUAGGAACAAAAUAUAUUAAAAAAGGAGGGAGUCGCUGCUGCUGUGCUCAUCUGCACGGCCGUCACUUCAGAGGGAAGAGUAUGCCAUUGAUUGCACAUGUUUUUUGGGUUUAUUUUGUAGGUCAUAUGACAUAUCUUUUUUGAAAUAAAAUGGAAAGAGUAAUUGCUGUUUAUAAGAAUGACAUUUUCUUUUGUUUAAUUUUUUUUAUAAAUAUUUUAACUUUUGAUCUUAGGUAGAUGUGGUCUCAUACUCACUAACCGUAGACGAUACUAUGUCUGACUCACUAUUACUAACCUUAAACAGUCCAUCUCGACACCUUCACCUACAGUAUGAUCUCACAAACUCAUUCAGUUUAGAGCUAUCCAGGGUUCAACCACUUUUAAGGUAUUGGGGGAAGUAUACAGUAAGUGCCCUUGUCUGUUAAAGUUCUAUUUUUCUUUAAGUUGGGCUGUAUAAGGUACUUAUCCAUAGUCGGUGAAUUGUUGAGCCACUUAUAAAACAUCUGAGUUUAAGUGUACGUUAAAUUUAGAACAAUUUAUCACUUUACAUUCGUACAUUUUCUUGGAAAAAAGGACUUGGGUGGUUCGCAAACAUUUUUGGAAAAGUCACACAAUUAAACAAAUAAACUUGAACCUUUUAUGUUCUAAGACUUAACAUGUAUUAUUGUCAAUGGAGUCUGGUGGCUUUUAAAAAAAAGCACACUUCAGUUCCACUUAAACUGAUGUAGACUUUAUAGGUGGCUAAAUACGCGUUGCUGAUUCCUCCAAUCACAGCAGUACAUUGCUUAGCUUCUGUGCUGGUACUCCUGUCUGCUUUUCCAAACUGGGGGGCGUGCCAACUUCCAUCAACUGUAGUUAAUACACUUAAUAUAAAAUAGUACCUUACACAACGCCACUUUAAACACUCUGAACUAUCCCUUUAAGCACAUGGGUUUCUACUAUCCACCUUUUUGCAUAAUUAGUCGUUCUGCACUUUGGAUUCAUUUACCAGGAAUUACAAGAAGGAAACACUGGGAACUUAUAUAGGGGAAGAAACUAACUCUGUGUACAUGUAUACCCUAGAAAUGUACCUUUCAGUGGAAAUGUCUCCUUAAUUGAAUGAAUAAAAACAUUUGCCCGGAA